AUGACCCCGGACGAGCGUACCUAUGUGCAUUCCCCGGAACUUCUCCAUGAGUUAACCACUUUCAUGAAUGGAUUCAUCUCGGAGGACCAGAAGCUCGAAGUCCUUCGGACGGUAACCUGUCAGUAUGCAAUCACUCCGAACCGGCAAUUCGUGCUCGGUGCAUUGGAGAAUCAUCCAGAAAUUUUUGUUGCCUUGGGAGCUGGUCACGGUUUCAAAUUCGCACCAGUUAUUGGACGUGUGAUGGCAGAGCUGGCUAUAGAUGGAAAGACGACAGAAGAUCUCUCCAAGUUCGGCAUUCCGUCAAGUCCAUUACCUCGUCAAAGUAGAAUAUAG